AUGGCUGACUCUUUGUCAAGUAAAGAAAAAGAUUUUGCUUCAAAAGAUGCAGAAAAUUCACUUAAAAGAAAACGAGAACCGGACCAAGAGGGUGAAACUCCUUCGAUUAAGAAGGAGCUAGAAGGAAUGGAGUCUCCGCCGGCGAAAAUUGCRGCUAAAACCGCUGAUAUUUCGAGUUCUGCACAAAUUACAACAGAAAGAAGAACGAGCAGUGAUAACAAGAGCAAAGGUACUGAAUUAUCUACCCCGAGCACAAGUGAAAACCCACCACAGAAACAAGAGACGGAUGGACAAGGGAAUGAAAAAGAUGGUGGAGUAGAAAAAAUGCAACUGUUAGUGUCGUCUUUCUCAGAGGAACAACUUAACAGAUAUGAGAUGUACAGGAGAGCUGCCUUUCCUAAAGCUGCUAUUAAGAGGUUGAUGCAGAGUGUUACUGGAGGUUCAUCCAUUCCUCCCAAUGUUGUUAUUGCUAUGGCUGGAAUUGCUAAAGUAUUUGUUGGAGAAGUUGUUGAAGAAGCUUGUGACACAAAGGAACAAUGGGGAAAUAAAGGGCCACURCAACCCAAACAUCUGAGAGAAGCUGUAAGAAGAAUGAAGAAGAAAGGUUUAGUGCCGAGCAUAAGAUAUAAAAAACAAUUACUACACAGAUAGAUGAUACCUGCUACCAUUGAGGUAUUCAGUUGUAUGGUAAUUUGGGCUCCCUGUGGAAAAGAWGUUGAGGUGUUUGGGUACCCUGUGGUAGAGUCUAUUUUGAGUCUGAUACAAGAUAUGGUUAUCCUGUGCUAUAAGAUUCCAGAACAUGAUUUGGGUGUUCUGUACUAGAGCUGUAUGGAUAGGUAUGGGUACCCUGUGCUAUAAGAUUCCAGAACAUGAUUUGGGUAUUCUGUACUAGAGCUGUAUGGAUGGCUUGAACACUCAAGAGCCUAUAUCAUGGUAUACAGCGAGAGAAAGCAUUUUUCGGCACCCUGUAGUGYAUAAAAACUAUUUUGGAUACCAAAUAAUGAGUACUCGGCAGACUCGGCAUAUCUAAUAUGCUCGUAAGAACUAAGUAACAGUCAAAAUCAAUCUCCAUUCUUUGUUUUACUCUAGAGAGUUUUACCCUGUAGUGAGAAAAUAUUGCAGGUCUUCCUGGAAAUGGUAAUGUGUGAUUUUGACUYGGUGGUCAACAUAAGAGAAUUACGCCUUCUUGGUGACUUGCUAUUUUCUAAAGGUGGUUUGUUUCAGUUCUGAACAUAUUUGUGCUAAAACGUGACACUUUCUUUCACUGAUAUUUCAACUUGAACACU